UUCUCGCUCACACGCUUUCUCUCUCUACACGAAUCUUUCCUUCGUCUCUUUCUCUCUCUAAAAAAAAAAAAACCAUAACCUUAUCUCCAAUUUUCUCCGAUGGGUUUCCCGGUGGGUUACGCGGAGGUGUUCUUCCCCAACCUCUUCCUUCACGCCCUCACACUCCUCGGACUCCUCCGAAACCUCGUAUUCCUCCUCUUCCACUUCCUCGGACUCUCCGACUUUCUCGAAACCGAGGUUGCCUGGCCCGACCCACGAACGCCCGACCCGACCAGGAGCCCCUCCGUGUCGGCGGUCCUCAUCCGGGAGCUCCUUCCGGUAGCGAAGUUCGCCGAAGUCGCCGCCGGGAACAGCGCGAGCAGUUGCGCGGUGUGUCUGUUCGAGUUUUCCGAGGAGGAGGAGAUCAGGUGCUUGAGGAACUGCAAGCACAUUUUCCACCGGGGCUGUGUGGACCGUUGGAUCGAUCACGAUCAGAAAACGUGCCCUCUUUGUAGGACCCCUUUUGUCCCUGAUCAUAUGCUCGAUGAUUAUAAUCAACGACUCUGGGCUGCUUCUGGUUUUACUGAUUUUAACGGAGACUACACUUCUUCUUCCUUCUAAGAGAACUUUCUUUUUUCUUUUUUUCUUUUUUUCUUUUUUUUUUGUGUGGUGGGGCUUAUGGAAUCAUGAAGAUGAAAUGUAUAUAAGUAUAACAAAACCAAAAAUAAAAAGAUGAAAAAAAAAGAGAAAAAUAAAAUUUUGGACGACUGCAUACACUUUAUUAUUAUUAUUAUUAUUAUUAUUGAUGUUUGUUGUUGUUGGAUUUUCACCCCCCUGAGGUGUAUUAUUGAAUUAUUGUGUAUGAUAAUAGUUAACAGAGGAUAUAAAUUAUUAUUUUUGAUUUAUUAUUGAAACAUGAUUUAGUGAUUGUUUGGUGUAGGUUUUGGGGCCACCGAUCCAUCAUGGUCAUUCGUCGAACAUCGUUAUUGAAA